CCCACACACACAUAUCGAGCUCUACCAUACUACGAGCUAGCUAGCGAGGCCGACACAACGACACAACAACAAUCGAAUACCGGUACGUAGAAAGAAAAAAACAAUGGGAGGUUGACAAUACGGUAGGUUGACGUUGAGACAAACAAGAUGUCUACCACAACUGCCACCACCACUACGUCAGCACCCUGCUGGAAACAGCAACACGAAGACAAUAUGAGGCGAAGAAGAACUGCACUGGACGCUUCGUCUACCAGCCGCGCCGACGCCAUGUCAUCGGAAUGCCGCAAUCGACUGAUCGAGUCGAUACAAAGGAUUAGCCAGGCAUGUUCCGCCAAUAAGAAUGGCAAGCUUGGAUUGCUGCUCUCGGGCGGAGUGGACAGUGCUGCCUUGUUGGAAGCAGCUGCCAGCAGCAACGUUCCCAUCGCGGCCGCCGUGACGGUGUCAAUUGUAGAUCCAAACAAUCCCAAUGGUCGCCCUUCCGAGGACGAGCUGUACGCCAAAGAAGCUGCUCGAUUGUACAAUGAAUCACGUAGCAGUGAUGCCAUUCCCAUGAAACACAGCAUUGUGAGGUUAUCGCCGAAGCAACUCGUGGAAGAAUAUUCUCGUCCCACCAUUCAAACCCUGGCGUUGUGGGGGUUUAUGGAUACCCGAAACAGCUUGAUCAUUAGCGCGGCUUUGCAAGAGGCCAGUCAUCUGUGUUUGACCGAUGUUAUCGUCGGCGACAAUGCCGACGAGCUGUUUGGUGGAUCCUACGACUGCUAUUUCGACGACAAGUACAAGAACAAACCCGAAGCGUGGAAACAGAAACGAGACGGCAUGGCGGAUCUGCCCUUUGUCACUGCCAAGCUGGGUGUCCCCUACAACACCCGGGUUCACCAGCCCUUUAUGGACCAGGAGCUCUUUGUCGAGUGGGCCCUAAGCGAAAGCAAUCGCACCGAUUGCGUAGCCAAGUGCAGCGUCCAAUCUAAGUUUGGAGGGUCCUACGAAGUACAGAAUUGUGGAAAACUUCCGUUGAGGGAAGCCUUUUGUACGGUGGCGUCUUGGCGUCGCAUGGAUUGGAUCUUCCGGGGCAGCGGUGCCGAGCAAGGAGAUAUUCUGGUGGACUACUACAAGAACCAAGCUGGCAUGUCCGAUGAAGAGUUCGCCUGCCAACAAAGAGAAUACCUGGACAAGGGCAUUCGCCUCAAGUCCAAGGAACACCUACAUAAUAUACGUAUCUUUUGCGACGUCUUUAAAGGAUUCAAUCAUCCCACCAAGGAACGAUAUGCUAUUGGGGAUCCUCGGGGCUGUGUUUCGUGCUGCUUUGAAAUCGGAGACGAGCAGUUUUGCCAUCUCUGUGAUGAGUAUCCGGCCCAGCAUCCAAAGGAGCAAGCAAUUGUUUGAAUACCAAGCUACUGUAGUAAUUCGUUUAUUAAGAGGAACUAGACUAAUGGCCUUGGCAGCGCACAUCUUAGCCGUCCGAGUCGCUGAUGGACUCAACACCUCAUCUACAACCUAACUGAAGCGACCUUUGAUAUGGAUCCAUUUCUUGCACAGUUUACAAAUUGUGCAUUGCCAGAAGAGCCUAGAGUGAGGGCUCGUUCGAGUUGGACCUCGGAUCUAAAUCCUUUAUGUGUUUACUGCACCAAGCACCAAAACUUACUUAUGCUACGACAACAUAGAUAAGAACGGCUAGCCGGACAAACGGCAAUACAAAUAAAU